CUGAUGAAUAUUUUGCUAGGUUACGUACAGAAGCUAGUACAAGCAGUAGAAGUGGUGGAAAUGAUUCUGACAUUGAUGUAAGCUCGGUGCAUACAUCGGAUCUGAGUGACUUCAGUUGGAGUGAUAGUGAAAGUGACACAGGUAGGAGCUCACCUGGCAAUGACAGUGACCUGUCAGAUGACGAUAAUAGAUGGAGUAAUAGACUGCGUGAUGUUGAUUUACAUGAAUUUAGGCAGCCAGUAGGGCCUGUGCAUGAUUUAGAAUUUGACCACAAUCCACUGGAUUACUUUUAUCUGUUGUUUGAAAACCAGUUCUUUGAUGUCAUUACCAACGAAACGAACAGGUAUGCAGUUGCUAAGGGACCAGAUCCGCGAUGGUACCCAGCCACAGUUGAAGAAAUCAAGGCAUAUUUUGGCAUUCAAAUAUUGAUGGGCAUUCACCAAUUACCUGCAUACUGGUGCUACUGGUCUGAAGAUGAAUACCUGAGAGUAGAUGUCAUCUCAAAGAUUAUGUCCAAAACCAGGUAUGAAAAGCUGACUCAGUACAUUCAUGUCACUGAUGACACCAAUAACCCACCCCAUGGAGAGAAUGGUCAUGAUACUAUUGCCAAAAUAAGACCUCUCUUUGACAUGGCAGUUGAAAACUUUCAAAAAUCAUAUGAACCUAGUAGAGAAUUGUCAGUUGAUGAAGCAAUGAUUGGUUUCAAAGGACGUCUGAACUUCAAACAAUAUAUGCCUGGAAAACCCACUAAAUGGGGCAUCAAGGUGUGGGAGUUAGCAGAUUCUGCCACAGGGUAUGUACUAAAUAUGAAGGUAUAUACAGGCAAGGAUGCCCAUGACAACAGAGCAGGCCAGAACCUAGGAUACAAGGUUGUAGAUUUCCUCACAAUACCCUUCCAGAAUAAGUUCCACCAUGUCUAUUUUGACAAUUUCUUCAGUUCGGUCAAGCUCCUAGAACACCUGGAGGAAAAUGGCACCUACUCUUGUUCCACAGUAAGGCUAAACAGGAAAGGCCUCCCACCAGAAAUAAAAAAAGCCAACCCCAAAAUCCAAGGAGAGAGCAUCAAAAUGCAAAAAGGAAAUAUGCUUGCAGUCGUGUGGUUUGACAAAAGAAAAGUUGCGCUUUUGGCUACCUGCCAAAAUCCAGGUGACAUUCAGGUUUUACGUCGACGUGCACGAGAUGGUCAACUCCAUGGAAUAGCCAAGCCAAUUGCAAUUAUGAAAUACAACCAGUUCAUGGGUGGUGUUGACUUAUCUGACCAAAUGAGGGCUUAUUAUCCAGUAGGACGUGAAUCGAAAAAGUGGUGGAAGUACCUCUUGUGGUUCAUUGUUGACCUUUGUGUAAUUAACUCAUUUAUUCUAUACCAGGAAACAUUACCUGGCCAAUUGGAUGAUGAUGAUGAGUGCCCACCCAAACAAAGCCACCUCAUGUUCAGGUUGAAUGUUGCCAGGACUCUAAUUGCUGGUUACAGCAGCAAACAGAAAGCUGGUCGGAAGCGAAAAAACACAGUGGAAAAUGUGGUUGUAGCCGAAGGGAACAUAGGUGCGCACAGGCUCGUUAAGCUUGAAACCAGGAAAAAGGUGUGUGUACAGUGUUCUGCUAGGCAGAGGAGGACACCAAGUGGCCGUAAGGUGGAGACAACCUUCCAGUGUGUAAUCUGUUGCGUGGCACUCUGCAAGUCAGGUUGUUUCACUGAAUUUCACCAUGAACACAUGCUUUAGCACACCUGUAAUUAGUGGAGCUUACCUGGAUCUCCAAUUAACUUAAAAUGUAACCAGGAACAUUAUGAAUUGUGUACAUAGGCAUAAAUAACAACACAUUUAAUCAUAUUAUGUACUUUAUUUGAAAACUGCACUUUAUUUGAAAACUGCACAAUCUUAUAACAAGUGAAUAUAUUGCGUACACUAUACCUGGCUCGUUAGUCAUAACUCAUUACUCAUCAUAUGAUUGACUUUCAUCUAUGGAAAGGAUACAUAUGUGGAUACUAUCUCUGACUGAAGGUAAUUUGACUGAUUGAAGGUAAUAAACAGUUUCGCAUGUACAAUUUAAUUCAAUAUAAAGUUCAAUUUAUGCAAAAUUUACCUGUUCUCACCUGUAAAUGGUUAAUUAAUAGAUUGUAAGGUAAGGUAUUGCCAAAAAAACAUCACAUUUGUGAAGUUCAUAUAGUUGUUACUAAUUGCUGAAAAUUUGGUAAACUUUGAUCAAGAAAUAGAGAUUUGGUGUUGCUUCAAACAUUUUAUGUCU